AAAAGACAAAGUGCAAAAGGGAACUAAUAAGGCCUUUGAAUUGGAUUCUGUUGUCUCCACUUUAGAAAAGCUGCAGAUAUAGAAACUCUUCUUUAACAAAAGCUUGGGACUCUCUGUGCUCCUUUCGAUUACGAUUCGUCAUCUAUAAGACAGAAAGAUCGAAAACUUGUCCCAGAAUAGAAAUAUUCCUUCCCUCUCACUCAAAGUGGCAUCAAUGAAGUAGCUCGGGUUUUGUCAGUGGGUUAGUGUGCCAUCUAGUGUCUUUCCCUUGCCAUCCAUGAAUACUGUGGAAACUAGCGCAGACCCAGCUUGCAGCACGCCGUCAGUGGAAGAAGAAAUUCUGAUCAGGAAUCUCCUCAUUUCCCAUGAUCCAGAUGGUCGUGAUCUCGACUCUGACCUACUGCUUCAAGCAGUCAAGAAUGUCUUACAUUUUGCCACUUCGUCGGAAACAAAACUUGACACGGCAGAAAGAAGUUACAACAGUCAAAUCGAAGAGGUCGGUUCCCAAAAAUUUAUCGGAGAUGUUGUCGACAAGAUUUUGCGAGAGUUGUUCUACAAGCACCAUCACGGAGAAGACUUGCAAACGAGAACGAUGAACUUACUUGAUUUGCUUAGGAACUUCCGAUGGAAUGAGAAAAUGGUCUUCAUACUCGCUGGUUUAGCCUUCAGCUACGGCGAGUUUUGGCUCGUGAUUCGGCUCUGCCACCAGAAUCCAUUGGCCGGGUCAAUAUCAGUGCUCAAGCAAUUCCCAAGUGACUUAAAGUUGUUCAAGCCUAGAUUGAAGGCAUUGAGUUGUUUGAUCGGGAAGAUGAUGGAACUGACAGAGCAUGUAGUGAAGUUCGAUAGCUUGCCGAUAUCAGAAGUAAAGAUGGAUCCUGAGUUGGUCGAAACCACCAAGCAUCAUAUGUAUUUGGCAGUGUAUUGGGUCGCUAGAAGUGCCAUUAAAGGCUCCUCUCACAUCGCGGACUUGAGGGCUGUCAAACCGAAAAGAGUGUGUAGAAAUUUGACAGCAGGUGCAGCAUGGGAGCUACUGAGUUUGGUCCUUAAGCUAAGCAACUCAUGCAUCCGGCUGCAGAGGCUUGUCGAAGUUUGUCAUCGGCAAAUAGAGGAAAAAAUCUACAAGAAGCUGACGGGUCUUUUCAAUGAGACGCACGUUGAUAAUCAAGAGGUACUUCGCGUGUUAUUCUCUCUAAAGGAUAACUUGCCUUUCAAGAAAAGUCUCUCGCAAGAAAAGGUUGGUAUUUCGAAAUUCAAGGACAAAGUGGUUAUUCUUUACAUUUCGAAGCCCGAGCUUCUCACACCAGAGGACUUGCUCUUCCUACUUCACCAGAUGUAUAAUAAUCCUCACAUCAGUAAAUUAGAGGGAUCUUACGAAAUUAUAUACAUACCAAUCCUGACUUCCACUAGCUGGAGUGACUCAGAAGAACAAAACUACGACUUAGUAUCGAACUUCUUGCCCUGGUACUUGAUUCGUAAACCCCAGCGGCUUAGCUCAGCAGCAAUGACCUUCAUAAAACAGGAAUGGAAUUAUGAAGAAGAGCCUAUCAGCGUAGUUAUUGACAAUAAAGGGUCGGUAAUAAACUUAAAUGCUAUCGAUACAAUGAAGAUUUGGGGAUCUGAGGCAUAUCCCUUUUCAGCUUCUCGAGAAGAAGAGCUCUGGAAGUUUGAGAAAUCUACUUUCCUGCUAAUGUUUAAUGGGAUUGAUCCUCUCUUGACUGAUCGGAUUCGAGAAGGCAGGAAUGUCUGCAUUUACGGAGGAGAUAAUGUCAGAUGGAUCCGAGAAUUCCAAGCAAAGAUUGAGGAGACUAUUCUAAGCAAGGCUCUGCAGCUCGAGAUAGUAUACGUGGGCAAAAGGACCCUCACUUCGCUAGUGAGGAACAUAUUACUUGCCGAAACCCAAUACCAGCCAAGCAAUAUCCCUAUCUCUGUCACAAAUAUCCAGUUCUUCUGGACUCGACUAGACAGCAUUAGAAGAUCAAUUCUUCGUCAAAGAAACAAAGCAAAUGUCGAUCAUAUAUUACAAGACGUGUCGUGGCUGCUGGAGAUUGAUGAGAGUGCAACAGGCUGGGCCAUGCUUGGAGACGGGACAUCGAGAGACACCCUAAGGCUGCGAGGUAAAGAGGUUAUGGAGUGUUUGGACAUGUUCCCAAAAUGGCAAGGAAAUGUGUCGAAGUGGGGAUUGGUGGGUGCCAUUAGAAUGGCUCUGGAGCCGCCAUCUACUCCAACACCUUGCGGCCACUCGGAAACUAUUCCAUUUGACGAGAGUUUGUUGGGGAAGAAUUUGUUCUGCAAUCAAUGCAAGCGCCCAAUGAAGGGCUUUGUCACGUAUGAGUGAAUAACGGAGUUUGCAGAUGCAGUUCCUGUGUUUAUUAUGUUUCUUGACAGACAGUACAACAUUCAUAGAAUUCAAAAUGAAGUGAAACCAUUUUUCCUAAAA